CAUCUGUGUUUUGGUCUUUGUGGAUAUGAACAUGAUGGAGCCUCUUCACAGCAGCAUGAACCAUCCAACUGUGGAGCUGAAGAGUCUGCAGCUAUGUGACCGGGAAGGCACAGAGUCUGCGGACAGCGGCAUCGGGGAUGUGGAUGACCUGCCAGUUCCUCAGCAGAUCCAGAUCAGUAACAUCACUUGUGAUUCAUUCAAGAUCAGCUGGGACAUGGACAGCAGAGGCCGAGAGAGGAUCACACACUACUUCAUCGACCUCAACAAAAAGGAAAACAAGAAGGAGAACAAGUUCAAACACAAGGAUGUACCAACGAAGCUGGUGGCGAAGGCGGUUCCCCUGCCGAUGACGGUGAGAGGCCAUUGGUUCCUGAGUCCUCGUACAGAGUACACGGUGGCCGUCCAGACGGCCGCCAAACAGCCAGACGGAGACUACAGCGUUUCUCAGUGGAGCGAGAUCAUCGAGUUCUGCACUGCAGAUUACUCCACCGCCCACCUGAACCAGCUGCUGCAGAAAGCCGAGGCCAUCGCCGGCAGGAUGCUGCCGUUCACCGUCUUCUACAGGAACCAGCAGAGGGAGUACUUCCAACAAGCCAGCCCCUCUUAUCGUUCCAGAGACGCUCAGUGCCGCCGAAUGCUGCCGGCAGUUAAAGACAACAGCGGGAGCCACGGGUCGCCCAUCAGCAGCAAACUGGAGGGGAUCUUCUUCAGCUGCAACACAGAGUUCAACACAGGAAAACCCCCCCAGGACUCCCCAUAUGGACCCUACCGCUUCCAGAUCCAAGCAGACCUCCUCUUCAACCAUAACACCAACAUCUACUUUGGGGAUUUCUACUGUAUGUACACGUCCUACCACUACGUGAUCCUGGUCCUGGCCCCUGAUGGCUCCAAAGGAGACGUCUUCUGUAAAGGGAGGCUGCCGGCCCUGGACAGAUCCAACAACUGCUUCCUGACCUGCACCGAGGAGGACGACGGCUCUCUGUCUUUCUGUCACGCUCAGGACGUCAUCCUGGAGGUGAUCUACACAGAGCCGGUGGAUCUGAUUUUAGGAACUGUAUCACAGAUCAGCGGCCACCAGCUCAUGAGUCUGUCCACCCUCAACGCUAAGAAAGACCCCAGCUGCAAGAUCUGCAACAUCAGUGUGGGACGUUAACGGGAUCUUUAGACUGGACAAUCAGCUAACCUCCUAAUAACUACACCCAUUCUUUGUUGAAUGACUGGCUACCUAACAGGCAAUCCAUUUAUUUUUUUAAAGAGUAAUUUAACACUAAAUCCUUUUUUAAAAAACAUAUAUUUUCAAUAUUAUAGCACCAAUUGUUUCUGGUGUCAUACCAUUACCAUUUAUCACAGUUCUCCAGCAUUUAUCCAGAAUUCAUAGAACCAUAGUUACACAUGUAACUGAAAGGACAUUGACAGCUGAAGUGAAACCAGAACUUUUGGGUUAAGUCAAAAUAACUGUAACAUUUGUCAUCUCACAAAUGUUUAAAAAUACAGCUCAGCAACACAAUCUUACUCCACUGUGUUUUACAUCUCUACCACAACUUUAGUUAGUUCACUGUCUGUAAUAACAGCAGGACAGCUGAGCGCCUGUGGUGAGUUCACUGUCUGUAAUAACUAUAAUAAACUUUGUAAAAUGUCAGUUAAAGUUGUGACUAAACCUUUUUAACAGAAA